CUCGGACCGCGGCCGGAGCUGCUGGGAGAGGAGCGCGCGGCGGCGAUGCUUCGAGGAGGCCGCCAGCGUGUCGGGGCGCUACUGCGGGGGCUGCGCCGCGGGCCCCGGGGCCCCGCCGACAGCGCCCGGCGGGGCGUGGUCUCCUGCAUCGACCCUUCCAUGGGACUAAAUGAAGAGCAGAAAGAGUUCCAGAAAGUGGCCUUCAACUUCGCUGCCCGGGAGAUGGCGCCGCACAUGGCAGAGUGGGACCAGAAGGAGCUGUUCCCUGUGGACACGAUGCAGAAGGCAGCGCAGCUGGGCUUCGGGGGGGUGUACGUUCGGACAGAUGUCGGAGGGGCAGGCCUCUCGCGGCUGGACACCUCCGUCAUCUUUGAAGCCUUGGCCACGGGCUGCACCAGCACCACGGCCUACAUGAGCAUCCACAACAUGUGUGUCUGGAUGAUCGACCGGUUUGGGAGCGAGGAGCAGCGGCACCGGCUGUGCCCGCCCCUCUGUGCCAUGGAGAAGUUCGCCUCCUACUGCCUCACCGAGCCAGGGAGUGGGAGCGAUGCUGCCUCCCUCGUGACCUCUGCCGUGCGACAACACGACCAUUACAUCCUCAAUGGCUCCAAGGCCUUCAUCAGUGGCGGCGGCGAAGCUGACGUCUAUGUAGUCAUGUGCCGCACAGGAGGGCCGGGCCCCAGAGGCAUCUCCUGUGUAGUGGUGGAGAAGGGAACCCCCGGCCUCAGCUUUGGCAAGAAGGAGAAAAAGGUGGGGUGGAACUCACAGCCGACCCGAGCAGUGAUCUUUGAAGACUGUGCCGUCCCGGUGGCCAACAGGAUCGGGGACGAGGGCCAGGGCUUCCUCAUCGCCAUGAAGGGCCUGAAUGGCGGGAGGAUCAAUGUCGCCUCCUGCUCCCUGGGCGCCGCUCACGCCUCGGUCGUCCUCGCUCGAGACCACCUCAAGGUCCGGAAGCAGUUUGGAGAGCCUCUGGCCAACAGCCAGUACCUGCAGUUCCAGUUGGCCGAGAUGGCGGCCAGGCUGGUGGCCUCGCGGCUGACGGUCCGUGCCGCGGCCGUGGCUCUGCAGGAGGAGCGGGAGGACGCGGUGGCUCUGUGCGCCAUGGCCAAGCUCUUCGCCACAGACGAGUGCUUUGCGAUCUGCAACCAAGCCCUGCAGAUGCACGGUGGCUAUGGCUACCUGAAAGACUAUGCCGUCCAGCAGUACGUGCGGGACUCCCGCGUCCACCAGAUCCUUGAAGGCAGCAAUGAAGUGAUGCGGAUGCUGAUCUCGAGGAGCCUGCUGCAGGAGUAGCCCGCCCCAGGCUCUGACAGCAGGUCGGAGGGGGAUGGCCCCGGUGGAGCCACGGUGACUGUCAGGAAGCAUUGAACAGGAGGCUUCCUGCGUGCUGCUUUGGAUCUGUCAUGAAUCCUGCAUCCCUUAUUGACUCCUGAAUAUUCAGGAGUUAAGUGGAGCAGUUGGGUGAGGAAUGCAUGCAUUUCCUCCGUUAGUUUUUCCUUAGGGUGAUAAGUGACUAUUUACGACCCUCUUCCUUUUUAUGAACCAUACGGUUAAAAGUGAUUAUUUACAACCCUCUCUCUUUCAUAUGGAUGACCUCAUGUUUCCUUGAUAACUUGUAAAUUUUGACUUUAUCUCUGCUGAAAAUAGCUACCUUGUAAGACAGUAUAAGUACUCACACAAUGUUGAAUAAAACACCUUUGCUCCAUCAGAA